CGGUAAAGAAAAGUUAGAGUAAAACAAAGUCGAGGAUAAGAGGAUAAAAAAGAAAAAGAAAAGAGAGAGAAAGAGAGAGAUAACGAAUUGAUAUAAAAAAGAAAGAAAGAAAGAAAGAAAGAAAGAGAUAGAUAGAAAGUGAAAACCUAUUUUGGUUCUAUUUUCUUGAAACUAUCAUUCGGGUUUAUCCGUGAAACAAUAUAGAAGGGAAUCGGUUUAUGAUAGGAAGGAUUCCCCUUUUGAGAAGGAAGAGAUCGAACCUGAUUAACGCGAUCGUCUGUAAUUAGCGAUCGUAAAAGCUCUCCACUCGGCUGUUUCCAAUCUGCUUUCGUGACUGAUCGUUUCCUACACGGGAAGAAGGAAGGAAGGAAGGAAGGAAGGAAAGAAAAGAAAAAAAGAAAGAAAGAAAGAUUAGGAAAGAAGGGUUGUUUUAGGGUUGGUCUGUAAGAAAUGAAGGGAGGGGUGCUUUAGCACAGAAAAAAGAAAAGAAAAAGAAAGAAAAAUCAUACGGAAUUAAGGGUGUGAGAUCAACGAUCUAUACGUAAAAUCAAUCGAUGAAGUUUACCAAGAAGAAAGAAAAAACAUCUAUCGUAACCCCAUUGUUAACCCUGCUAACAAACCCCCAUAGUUAAUCGAGUAAUCGGUGGUUUAAAAACACGAACUAAGGAAGGGUGAAUGAAAAGAAGAUGAUGAUGAUGAUGAUGAUUAUGAUGAUGAUACUUUCAUUCUAGGAACUAAGUGAGAACCUUUUACGCUGUGUGUUUGUUUUCUCAUCAUUAUUUUGUUUAAUAUUAUUGUUGUUUUUUUGUUCUACGAUCUACAAUAAUAUUACUUCGUUCGCAUUAACUCCUACGAUCAUCUUCACUCUUCUAAUGGUAAUUUCAUCGUUUAUCAUUGAUAAUCAGAAGAAAUAUUAAAGAUGUGUGCUUAUUCCUUACGUCUUCUUUGCGUCCUCGGUGUUUUAUUCAUCGUUAAUGAAUCCGAAGCAAGCUGGGAGGAAUGGUGGACCUACGAUGGGAUUUCCGGACCAUCGUUUUGGGGUCUGAUCAAUCCACAAUGGUCCCUGUGCAGCAAAGGAAGACGACAAAGUCCCAUCAAUAUCGAACCCGACAAGCUCCUUUUUGACCCACACUUGAGACCGGUGCAUGUCGAUAAGCACAAGGUUUCUGGACACUUGCACAACACCGGCCAGUUUUUGGUAUUCCGUACAGACAAAGAAGCCAAAGUAAGAGUCAAUAUAACGGGUGGCCCAUUGGCUUAUCAUUAUCAAUUCGAAGAAAUUUAUAUUCAUUACGGAUUGGACGAUAAUCAUGGUUCCGAGCAUCGCGUCGACGAUUAUUCUUUUCCUGCCGAGAUACAGGUGUACGGAUUUAACGCCGAGCUCUAUCACAACAUCAGCGAAGCACAACACAAGAGUCAAGGAUUAGUCGCAAUUUCGCUAAUGGUUCAGUUAGGUGAAACCUUGAAUCCGGAAUUACGAAUUAUCACGAGCGUAUUCAGCAAGGUACUUCAUAGGGGUGAUACGGCACAGGUGAGCUAUCUAUCGUUGAGAAGUCUACUUCCGGAUACAAAUGGUUACAUGACUUACGAAGGCAGUACGACGCAUCCAGGAUGCUGGGAAACGGCAGUUUGGCUGAUCCUUAACAAACCUAUUUACAUUACUGCACAAGAGUUGUAUGCCCUGAGGAAACUCAUGCAGGGUCCCGUCAACGCCCCGAAGGCACCCCUCGGUAAUAAUUCCAGACCCUUGCAAGACCUUCAUCACAGGACUAUACGAACGAACAUCAAUUUCCGCAAGCGACCAGAUGCUAAAUGUCCGACAAUGGCACAGGAGAUGCAUUAUAGAGAUGACUUUUUCUUUCCAGCCAAUGCUUGGCGGGACGACAGAUCCUUGUCUCACAACGUCGUUUGAGUUGAUCGCACGAUCACGCGCCUUCGACGAGACACCUUUUAUUUUCCAAGAAGGUGGAAACGGAAGAGGCGGAAGAAACUAACGGGGAUCUAGGUGAACGAGCUACUGAAACGAGGGGUUGGAUGAGGGAAAAGGGGGAGAGAGAGACACGCCAUAAGGAUUGGAGACGAUGGACUUUGACGGAGAAGAGCACGAAGGAUCAGGGGGAAAGGGGAAGGGGGGGGGGAAGAGAGAUGAAACGAAGAGGAACGAAAACGAACGAGACUUGAAGUUUAAUCGCGACAAAAUAAAGACCGGACUGCACUCCUCGAAUCGGUUCCUCGUUUCUACUAGAAAAGAAAGACUACUUGUGAGUGUGUGCGUGUAGAUGUGUGAGUGUGUGUGGAUGUGUGCAAUGAAAAUGUAACAAGUCAGACAUUGACGAACAAAAAGAAGAAAGGAAGGAAGGAAGAAAGAAAGAAUAAGAAAAGGAAGAAGAAAAACUAUUCUUUUGUGUUCUAUAUAUUUUUUUCAUAUAUAUUAUUUUCUUUUUUCUUUCUUUCCUUUCAUAGGGGAGGAUGGGAGGUGUGAGUUUUUUGCAUUAAACGUUAUUUUUUUUUUAAAUAACGAAACAAACAAAUAUCUCAUGCGAGUUUAAAAUCUGUUUCGGGUGAUGUAAAAAGCGAUGAAAAUCAAAUUUCGCACAAUGUUAAAAGUUACGUUAAACGAUAUAAUCGAAAUAUAUAUUAUAUAAGAAAUAUGUUAUUUAAAUAAUAUCGUUGUGAAUAAGAUGAUUGUUUAUGGAUUUUUGUUUUUUUUUUUUAUUGGUUUAUAUAGGUGGUAUAUAUAUUAUAUUUUGUUGAUUUUCUACAAUAAUUAUAUGGGCAGGUAUACUUUUAAUUACUUACGUUUUAUACGCGGGAUUGGUAAGGCUGUAAAGUUUGUGUAAAACUUCGUCGGAGUAUCUGAAUUGAAGAAUAAAAAAAAGAGGGGAAAAAAAAUCUAAAGGAAGUAAAAAAUAUUAGAUGAAAAAAAAAAAAAAGAGCAUAAGAAAAAGGGUCAAGAGGGGGGAAGGGGGUGGGUGGAAUCCUCGCGUCCAACGCAAACUGAGAAUUUAUUUCUUGAGCAAACGAGCGCUUAGAUGUGUUGUGUACUUAUGUAUAAAUUAGUUUGUAAAAGAUAAGAGAAACGAGAUAAAAUUGAAACAAACGAAAAAAAGAUAAAACAUAAACCAAGGUAAAAAAAAAAAAAAAAUAAAAAAUAAUUUAAAAAGGCAAGAAAGUUCCCGAAAAAAAGAAAGAAAAAAAAAGAAUAGGAAACUGGGUCAGAAUUACGAUCGUUCGGUGAAAAAAUAUUAUAUAGGAUCGAAUUAAUUUUAAUUACUUGACAGAUUAUUGUCAAUUAUUUUCUAGCCGAGUUAUUUAAACGGGCAUCAACGACGACGUUGAGAACUAGUAAAAAAUGACGAGAUAAAAAAAAGAAUAAUAAUAUUAAUAAUAAUAAUAAUAAUAAUAUUAAUAAUAAUAAUAAUAAUAAUAAUAAAAGAAAAGAAAGAAAAAAAAAGAAAAUGGUGGGGGAGAAAGAACGAAGGAUCGUCAACGAAUGAACGGUGAAAUUUUAAAGAUGUAAAGAAAGGGAAAAGAAAAAAAAAGAAAAGAAAAGAAAAGAAAAGAAAAGGAAGGAAGGAAGGGAUAAAGGAAGGAUAAGGGACAGGUUAGAAUACGUUCGUGCAAUAAUUCGUGAAUUUGCAAGAAGAAGAAAAAAAGGAAAGGAAAAUGAAAGGGGAUAGAAAAAGAGAAAGAAAGAAGGAAAGAGGAAGAGAGAGAGAGAGAGAGAGAGAGAGAGAGAGAGAGAGAGAGAGAGUGAGAGAGACGUUUCUGAGUAAUCUCGUAAUAGCUCGCAAAUAGGGUCGGUAGUAUAAUAGACGAAAAAAGGGAAAAGGAUUUCGAACGCGAACACAAGGCUUGGGGGAUUGGUUGAAAGGAAGAAGCAGUGAUCGGAAGUAGACGAAAAAGAAGA